GCUUAAUAAUAACAUAAAUGUGUCAUGUAAUGACUAAUUCUUAUGUUAAUUCUUACUAGCUACUUGCAGUAUUUCAAGAAGGUACCUCGCAGACUCUUCAUCGUCCAGCUCAAAAUGGUGGAUAUGGGACAAGUGCGUCAUCAGUAGGAACAGCAAGUCCAGACCUCUCCCAGCAUGAAGAUGAGGCUCCAAAAUAUAUAGAGGAACCGCCGCUGAAACCAUAUACUUCAAUCAACAAUAAUAAGACUGAAAACACCAAUGGUGAAAUCAAGACUGUAUCCAGGGUAAUAAAAAGCCCUCCACCGCCAGUUCCACCUAAACCUGUAAGACAUAUCAGUGUGAACAGUAGCAGGACCUCUUACAUCGAAUCGACACCAGCAUCAGAAGAUUCUGGAAUAUCUUCACAGGAUGAUCGAUAUCGAAUAAGUUCGGAUUCAUCAAAGUCUGAAACAACUGAGAAUGUAAUAGUGAAACCCACAAUUUACAGGACAGGAGAGGCAACAUUUGUUGCCAUAGGGACGCCUGUUAAACAGGCAAUGUAUAAUGGUCAUGCUAACAUGGACAGAAGACGUUUUUCAUCAACAAGCUCUGACCAUGCUGAUAAUGAACACAGUAAUAGUGAAGUGGAAGAAGAAACAUUUUCAUUGGGUAGGAACAGUACACGGAAAUCUAUGUUUGUAGACAGCCCUAUGCUGGACAGAUGGGCAGAGCUACAGGAGGAGAGAAUGUUUGUGAAUAAUAACCAUCAAGAGGAGCCAGUGAGUACGGUAACAUCACCGUCAGAGCCAAGCUCUAAUGAACCAGACUUUGCCACUAAAUAUAAUGAUGAUCAGCACUCGGAAAGCUCAGAGAGUAGUGGGGAACCUGAUAUGCUUAUGAUUGAGUUAAAACGCGAGGAUCCUCUAGAGCCAUUAGGAUUCACAGUAGCAGGAUACAGAACAGCAGAUAGCAGGGAACUUGGUCUCAUUGUUCGUAAUAUUUCACCCUCCGGCUGUGCGGCAAGAGAUGGUAGACUUGAAAUUGCUGAUAGGAUUGUUGAGGUUAAUGGAUGGAGUCUUUUGGACAUGCCAAAUGAAAGAGCAGAGGAGCUGUUUGCUGCUGCUAUCAAGGCGCCUGUGGUCAACCUUGGUGUGUCGCGUUCACAUUCAUUUGUUCCUGGACAGAAGAGUGACGCACAACAUGAAGGGGAAGUCAUACAAGCUCGGCCUGCACCAGAAAAUAGCCAAUCAGAGCCUCAGGAGCAAUCACAGAGAGAAGUAUUACCUUUAACACCUCAAUCACUCGUUGGUUCACCUUCGAUUCCUGAUAGCAGCUUCAAGAAAGUUAACAAGAGAAUUCUUAUUGAACUAAUGAAAGGAAAUGACGGUCUUGGAUUUAGCAUCACAACACGUGACAAUCCUGCAGGAGGGAAUACUCCCAUAUUUGUGAAGAGUAUCUUGCCUAAAGGUGCUGCUAUUGAAGGCGGCCAGUUAAAAGCUGGUGAUCAAAUUGUGGAGGUAAACGGGCAGAAAAUGGCCGGCAAAAGCCAAGCGGAAGCCGUGAAUACUCUUCGAGGCACCAGAGGUCUGGUGACGAUUCUAGUUCAAAGAGAAGAAGUGGUUCAAUCUCCCCGGACGCCCGCUAUAGAGGUCAAUGAAGACAGCUUGCGCCAUUUUAGGGAAGAAGGUCUCCAAGUACUUACAUUCAAAAUUCCUUUGGACCUGUCUGGCGCGGCAGGCCUGGGCGUGAGUGUAAAAGGCAAGUCACGUGCUACGUCUCAACAAGGUCGCGACAGUCCUCAAGACAAAGGCAUCUUUGUCAAGUCUAUUAUUCCAGGGGGUGCUGCAGCCAAGGAUAACCGUCUAUGCCCAGACGACCAGCUCCUCCGUGUGAACAAUAAAUCCCUGGUGGGUUUAACGAACCAAUCGGCAAUGGAGACUCUGAGACUUGCUAUGCAAUCCACGAGACCCAAUCAGGCUUUCAUUGAUGUUACCAUAGCGCGUGAACAAGACGAGACCAACCCACCCCCCGGGGAGUUACUCCAGAGCAGGUCCCUUGAGGAGCUGAACGCGCCUGAUCAAGAGAGGCCCAUAGAAGCAGUGUCUGUGGAGGAGCCACAGCGCAGUACCUCAGAAACUGAUGGCGGUGUUCCCAAUAAAGAACGACAUCCAAGUAGCGAGGAAGAUCAGUUUAACGAGUCAAUCACCAAUAAAAAUCUAACUCCUAUUCGUGCGAGAAAUGCCGUGCAUCGUAACGACUCUUACUGUGUGGCCGUCAACAAGAGCCAGAGUCCUGGAACCCAGUUCUACAGUCCUUUCAGGCAACGCCCAGUUCAUCGCCUUAGUCCCCUGGCCAUGGGAAAUAACCGGGCGCAACCCCUUGCUCCAAGUUCACUAGCAAUAGCAUCGCCGUCAGGAGCUUCUACUUCAUCUGCAGAAAAUGUUCCUGCAGGAAGACCCACUAGCACUGUUGCCAUACCAACGCCUCCUGUAGGUACCACCGACGAGAGGCCCUCGGGACCUGGUAGCCCUUCACAGGCAACUGUUAAGCUACCACCGCCUCUGCCCCCACCAAGAUGGGACUCGGCAGCAGAUAAUUACCGUUUGCCAGCGGGGCUCCAAUUAAGGCUCAAAAUGCCAGACCCGCAAAGAGCCCAGGAACAAAGAGACCAGGAAGGAGGGAGCAAUGCUAGCUUGCCCAGUACUCCACCCCCACCCGCUCAGUUUACGAACCAGUCGCCCACGACGGAAUUCCCUCCUUCAUAUGACCAGGCGGUAGCCCGCCUUGGAAGGUCUCCACACGCGUCCGUGAGCUCGGAACCUACGACACCGAGUAAAACAUGGACAGAAGACAGUGUUGAAAAUCCGAUCAUCGCUCCUCCUAGUCCGUUUUCCUCCGAAGAUGGCAAUCCAUUCCAAAGAGACGGAUUCGGACGCCUGUCCAUGUCGGAGAAAAGAGGCAGAGCGGCCCUGGACGCUAGGCAGUCGGAGUACUUCAUAAAACGAGAUCAGGAGAGAAAUGAAACAGAUAACUCAGAGGAAGGCGAAGUCGAAGAGGAAGAAACUAACCCAACUAUACAACAGCAUCCUCUUAGAAGGGCCGACUCGGAAGAUCAGCUGCGGCAACAGUUCGAAGAUGAUUCCAGAGAAGAAAUACGGACUUCUCCUUAUGGCCGGAUGCAAAAGAGCCGUUCAACUGGGCAGCUAAAACUUGUAGGAAUCAAAAACGUCAAAGACAAAAAAUCAAAAAGCAAUGACAACCUGAGUUUCACUAGUGCUGUGGAAAAUGCCAACCGAUCUUAUCCAGGUGACAUCCAGAAUGGUCACGCCAGGUUUAGUCCGUCUGAAGAGGAAGUACCCAUCACAAUGAAAAGUAACGCGGACUUCAGUGCAGUGCAACAGAAACUUGCUGCGAAAAAGCCUUUCUACAAAGGAAUCAGUUCUGUGUUUAAGAUCGGCAAAACCAGGCGCGGAGAUUACAAUCUAUCAGACAGUGAUGGGUCGGCCUUCAAGCACACGUACAACAGAGAAGCUCUCAUCGACUUUCCAUCCGAACAGAGAUACCGACAGCUUGUCAAUCAUUACGGUCAGGAGAAACCCUCAGAGCGCUCCAACACGCUGCCGACACGCAGCCGAAAGAAACACGAAGCCAAAGAAAAGGCGCUCGAAGAAAAACGACCCGUGCAGACGAUGAAAGUCGGAAGAGUGACAGUUACUCCGCCCACGAGGGUUUGACGCACGUGGCUUACAACCUUGAGUAACAGUUACUAUGGUAUCUGUGUUCAUACGUUGCUUAGAGUCCUGAGUGACGGUUGCUAAGGGACACCGAGCACAUAACGUGUCUUUAUCUACAUGUCAAAUUUUCUUCGCGUAUUUCGUCUGGAAGAGAAAUGACGGUUUUUUUAAUCGAGGAAUGCGUCACCGCCCUGGUGAUUUAAGAUUAAUGUUAUUUUUCCGUCUCAGGACACCCAUCUAUGAAUCCUGUGGGUUAUUAAUCGCUUUGGGAAAGUGGGAUUUCGCGAAACAAAAUUCUUGCAUGAAAAGGAUCGUUUAUUGAGUGUCAUCGUGUAUCAAAAUGAUGAAAAAAAGCUUUAUACAUGAGGUGACUCCAAUAACAAUCUAAUGUACGUCCUUAAUGUUCUGUGCAGCCAGACGUAAGAAUUAUCUUUUCCUACAGCACUUAAAACACGCCCAGGCGAUAUUAAGCUUAAUUUAUCGCAAUGUAUUUGUAGAUUUGUUUCCUAAAGAGCGAUUAUUUUUUGAAACAAAAAAAGAAAAUCCAAUAUUUUGCUCGUCGUUUUUGUAAAAUACCUCAAAAGCAUAUCUUACCUUGUAGUGUAUAUAUACGCCGCGUUUAAUUAAUUAGUUGAAUAGUAGGUUUUGAUAGAAUUAUGUCCAAUAUAUACAUAUAAUUAGCUAGGUUUGUAAUAAUUGUUUUCAGUUGCGGUUACCCGAGAGUAAUUAAACUCAUUUAUGAAAAUUGUUGGCCAUACUCUACCUUAAACGAUCAGCUGUGCCGACAUUAAACGGUUGUUUUGUAAUCA